GACACUUCCGGUAUAGAUGAUCUUUGUAAACACGCGCAAUUCCUGCGUAGUAGGAAAGUGACUGUAAAUAGAGGUGCAAAAACCACUAAAACAUAGAUUUAAGGUAAACUCUGAGGGAUUUCUAGACUAAGACUUCUCUGCCUUUGGUAGGUGAGCGUUAACACUCCCUGUUCUGUGUGUGUGUGUGUGUAGUUUCAUUAGCAUGGAGGCUAACGGGCAGACCGGUACCGUGAUAUCAAACGGAGAUCAGCAGGUGAACCACCUGAGCCCGGAGGAGGAGGGGGAUCUGGAGCAGAUGUUAGCAGAUAUGACAGUAGAAGGUAAGAGGAGUUUUAUAAAUGAAGCACAGCUUAAUAAAAUAAUUUAAAGCCCCUUCUUCGCUCUGACAACACUUCAAUUAGAAGGCGAAAGCUGAAGAGCUUUCAGUUCUCCAGAAAUGAAACCUAGAGUUGGAUCAAUGUGUAUUUUUUCUUUAUUUGGUAUCCGAUUUUCCCCACGUUCACGUAUUCUCACCCCUUUCUUAUCUUGCAGUUUUCUCUCCACAUUGUCAGUCAUUUUUCUACACUUGUUUGCCUCCUUGUUUCCUUUCUUCAGACCUUGUGCAGAGGGCUCAGGCUGUGCAGACGGACAGCACCACUGUAGAGUUGAGCGUGAACACCGACCCGGACUGGGAAAGCCAGGUAGUGGCCAUGUUUGAGAACAGCAUCACCCUGAUGGAGCAGCAUGACCGUCUGAUGAAGAUGCAGGGCGAGGAGGAGCAGGUGAAGGCAAAGCAGAAGGUACAGCUGCAAAAGAGGAAGGAGGAGGCCACCCACCAGCACCAGGUGAGACAGAAACCCCCAAAUCCACAGGUACAUUCACUGAUAGGACUAAACAGAAGUGCAUUAAACAUCAGACUGUUUUCAGGCUCUUCUGGACAAACUGGAGUCUGUGAGGGUGAAACUCCAACUGAACAACUCGAAGGCCACUAGGAAGAACUUCCUGACAAAGAAACAAGAGAUGACUUUAGAGAAGAACAAGGUGGAGGAGGAGAGGAACAGGUAUAGACCAUUUUUAAUCACAUCUUGAGGAUCCAAACAUGGUCCCCUAUGAGGAGGAGCGUUAUAUUCACCUGUAACCUCAUCCUGUCUAUCCUUCAGGUCGGCUAAAGAGUUGGAGGAGAAUGAGACAAAGUUGUCGGCGCUUGCUGUGGAGCAGAAUGAGGAGCAACAAAGGUGGCAGGAGGAGCUGGAGGAGCUGAGGAAGGAAAUGGAGAAGCUGAGGAAGGAGGCGCAGGAAGCAGAGCUGCAGGCCUUAAAGGACGAGAUCGCUGCUGUGGAGAAGCAGAGAGACGUCGCCAUGGAGCACAUUGAGGCGUGGCUGAAAGAGGUAACCAUGGGAUACCGAGGCAGAGAUUUAUACAGAGACAGUAAAUGCGACUUCUUCAAGCCAUAACAGAUCCAAAUAAUUCAAUAUAACACCAACUGUAGGCAAAACAAACUGUUCAUACAUGCAGCCACUCUGAUGUAGAUCUGGUUGGAUUCUUGUCUUAGGUGGCUCAGUACCUAGAGGCUCUGAGGGUGGAGUUACCGCAGCAGUACCCCCAUGAGAAGCAGAAGUGGGAGAAGAAAGAGGGCUUGGUGCGGAAGAGCAAGACGGAGCUGCAGAGUCGCUUCCAGGAGGUUCUCCAGCAGCUGCAGCAGGGAAGAGAGUUAGAGUCUCUGCCCAGGAUCAACGUCCCAUCUCUGCCACAGGUCCCCAUGGUGAGACUCGGUUAAACUCUUUGAUUCAUCUGAGAAACAAACUUCAGCUGUUAGUAAUGGUGACUAUUAACGAAGCGUUUUCUCUCCCACAGUCCGAACUGAGAUUUAAUCAGAUGAUGCAGCCUCUUCUUCGUCCUCAGUUCAUGCCCCCGCCUCCUCCACACCACAUGAGCCGGCCUUUCCUUCCACAGAGACACCCACACUUUUACCACCAGCCCCCCCCACACCCUCAGUACCGUCACCGCUUCCACCAGUCACCACCCCCACACCAUUUCCAGCUGCCGCUUCCUCCACAGCACUACCAGCCCCACAUCAGAGCUCCAAUGAGAGUUACUCUCCCUCCCAGUCACUCCCCCAGCCCUCCCCAUGUUCAGCCAGUCCACCCUGUAGCUCCCUCCCCGCCUCCCCUUGCACCAUCUCCUGCUCUUUCAUCUUCCCCAUCUCCUUCUCCUUCUCCUGUUCCUGCCACUGCUGCUGCUUCCACCAAUGCCUCUGCUGGAAAACUGGACAAAGUCCUGGAGAAGCUUGGCACUCGUUUCCCACAAUGCAACAGAGCUCAGCUGACAUCCCUGCUCCAGCAGGUGAAGAACUCCCGUGGCACGCUGGCCGGCAUGUCCAUGGAGGAGGUCAUGGAGCAGGUAGGCCUGAAGCUGGCCCAGAGCGAGAGGACAACUCCUGGGCCAAUCAGCCGGCCCACUGCACCUGGCCCCAUCCAGAGACCUGCAGCUCCUCCACAUGGAGCAGCAGGUGGAGCAGGAGGAGGUCAGAGCAGCGAGCCCCGCAAACUCUGCCUGAUGUGUCAGAGCCCUGUGGAUCCAGAGCACCGCCACCCGCUCAGCUGCGCCCAUGUCAUCCACAGAGACUGCAUCAAGGUGUGGCUGCAUUCCAGCAAAAACAACUCCUGCCCCUUCUGCCAGGCUAAGUGACGGAGGAGCUUCAAAUACUUGGACUCUGAGCGCUGCUGGUUCAAAAUUACUCUGGUUUGUUCAAAAUGGUGAAAAGAGCUGAUGGUCAUGUUUCAGUAUAAUUCAGUGAAAACACAGUAACAUCCUAAAUUAGCCUGUGUCUCUUUAAAACAACAACCUUUAUUGAGAUAUUUUAGUAAAAAUGUAGAUUCUAAACACGAACGAGCAGAUUCUUGUUUGAGUGGCGUUCUGAUUUUAGUCCAAGUGGUACUGACCAAUCAGAAGGCUUUGGUGUCUGCAGCUGGUAUGGGGAGCAAAAUCAGACGGGACGCAAUCCACUUUAUGAUUCGGGUUAACAUCAGCUGUAUUCUGGUAAAUGAUGGUGCAUGCAAGGUCAGCUUAUAAUUGGCUCAAUCAAACAUUUUCAUUUGAACAAGAACUGUUUCAAAAACAAAUCAGUAUUAAGAUUACCUGACCCCACUGAAUGCAUCAGAGAUGAAGGAUCUAACCAACAUUUUAAAAAUGUGUUGUCUUCGCUUGAGGACAGACCUGACAAAUCUUGACUUUUUUUAUGAUGAUUUUACAGGAAGCUUCUGACCUGAUAAGUUUUCUAAAUCCAUCUUUUUCAGACUCUUGCUGCAGGAGUGAAGCUUCUGUGUAACUAUUGACAGUGAAAUUGAGACUAGCUAGAAACAGGUUAACAGGCGAUCCUCAAGGGAACAUAAUGAGACAAUAUUGUGAUGAGACAUUCAUUUUACAAACAUAUCAAGUGACACACAUCAGUUACAGAGGUUUUGGCUUUUGUUCAGUCAGAUAUGGAUGCCAGAUUUAGCUAAGGAGUUCUGCUGUUGGAAAGAAUUAACAGAUAUUGAUACCAAAGUCUGAGUUUGUACCAAGAAGAAAAGCCUUAGUGUUCAUUAAUAUACCAAUGUGUUUUUUUCUAUUCUGUUUUUAUUGUUCAUCAAGAAUGACACCAAAACAAUAAAUUUAUAAACAUAUAACUGUGUGUGUGUGUGUGUGUGUGUGUGUGUGUGUGUGUGUGUGUAAAUGCAGGGUGCUUGUAUUUUUAAAGAGCUUUCAAAUAAUAUUUUUAUCACAACUGCUGAAUUUCAAGUAAAAAAAAUCAAUGAGACAUUAAAUGAAUGUCAAUGAAAUGUGCUCCACUGGUUUGAAAGAUUAGGGUCACAUUGUAGGAAGGAGAGUGAAGUCAAAAAAAAAAGUUUUAGUGUCAUUGAGAUCCAUUCAUAAUUCAGGAGUAAAGUCAAAUUCUUAACAUUAACAAAAUCAUCAAAUUAAUUAACAAAGAGAUAAAGUGGUAAUGUCCUAAUAAUAAAUUCAUAAAAAUAUUAAAGUUGUAGUAUUUUAGUCUUAAAGUCAUAUUACAAAGGACAUGAGGUCCGAAGACUGAGAACUUCAGAUACUCCAUCUUCCUUAUGUUUCAGCAAAGUUCUCAUCUAGUCACCUCAUCAGAAAAACAGUGAUUUACUGUAAUCCAUUACAAAACACUAUCAUCAUAACAUUACUGCUUACUUCUGGUAAAAUUAUGACUUCAAUUUUGAGAUCUUUUUUGUGAUCAUUUUUUUUUUAUUCAAAAAAUGUACAAAAUACAUGUUUACAUCAUUUACAGUUUUGUUCCCCUCCCCACCACACAGUAAAAACUAUGGAAGAGGAUUAGGGCCACUGGGGGGGGAAAAAGGUCCAAAAUAUUUUUUUAUUAUUCUAAGAAAAAAAUCAGAUUUCUUACUCAGAAUUCUGACUUCUCUCGGAGGCCAUCUGACGCAUCCACAAUGGAGAGUCCAUGUCCUACAUUUUUUGCAACAUAGGAGUGGAUGACUGACUAGAAUUUGAUAUUUAAAUGGAAGGACUUGUGUAACAUUUGUAGUUGAAAAUUCACCCUUUCAUGCAUCUGAAGUUUUUGAUUUGAAAAGGCAAAUGUCAUGUGAGUUUGUCAGUCGUCCACUCCUGUGUUUGAAGCAGGUAAGACAUGGACUCUCCAGUGUG